CACCUGCGCAGACGCAUCCGCCGAUGAGCUGGGUCGCGCCAAAGAGUGUAGAGGAAGCCCGAAGCUUGCGACGCGCAGUCAAUGUCCUGAGGCAGGAGAACGCGACAUUGCGGAAGUUCAUAAAUAGUAAUUUCCAAGUUGUUACCAACAGGAACUUCAGGAAAGACCCGGCACGGAUUGUCUAGGAUGCCUCUUAUUAGAUGAACUCUCUCACGCUUAACCCGCUAUUGAAAUUGAGUGAACCCUUAUAAAAUAUGCUCUCUCGUCGUCCUCGUUGAAUGUCUAAGUCUUGCUCAUGCUCAUCUCCACCUUCUACAUUACCUUUACCUUGCGACGUUUGACUUUGAUGUCCCAUGUUUUCAUCCACACUUCAUUCGGUGACUCAGACUCACUCCCUGGGCCACGGACGCGCAACAGUCAUUCCUGUGAAAAGACCCUUGCGCAGGAGUCAUAAUAAAUACCGAUGCGGACUACAAGCAAGUAUUCACCUCCCUUCCUGUCUUUUGACAUCAACGGAGGCUCUACCUCAUCUGAAUCGGAUCGUCGUCGAGGAAUCGACAAUCACCCAGUCGAAAUAGACAUUCACAUCGGAUGAAUGUGCUUGACUACAACUACAACCUCGAUACGUAGCACAGCUUUUGUUUCUUUUUUGUGACAAGAACAACACCUUUUUGUGCUGUGUGUCAUGUAAGUCGAUGCAACAACCACUGCGACAUCUUCUACCUAGGGCUAAAAAGAGAAACCAAAUAGAAAUACAUUAUCAGAGCCGAGGGAACAAGAACUACAACUGCUACAUCAAAUGAAUAAUAUGGUGACGUGAAGGUGAGCUACUCUGUAUCAAAAAAAUGAAACGAGCACUGUCUUCUGCCUCUCUUCUUGAGGACGACCACAUGCAACUUCAUGUUCAUUCGACGUCUUUCUUGGUGCAACGGAACUACGACAGCAGAAAGUGGAUUGAGGAAGCAGACACGUUUGAUCGCAGGUCGGGUGUGAUUAGCGCGUUUUUCUCGAACUUGUUUUCAGGAUCUUCUGGAGGGCACUACAAGUAUCGCCGAACGUUCGUCGUGCCGAGUACUGGACGUCCGCAGGUGCUCUAUGCGCGAGACUUGGAGGGUUUUCUAGGUCGAUGCAAUUUCUGGCUUUCGGGACAACCUGCAGAUUUGGAGGAAUGUCAUAGAUACAACAUACGUCUGGGAGAUCCGGGCGGUUUUCUUUGAGACAAGAAUGUCUGGGAGAUCCGGGCGGUUUUCUUUGAGACAAGACAGGAAUGUGUACUAGGGAUUUUCUGCCGUGAAAAGAUAAACUACGAUUUGCUUACUAUAUCUACUUACAACUACUUCGUCUUCUACUCGGCCCUACACAAUGGAUACGACCUUUGGAAAAACGUGAUGAAGAUUGAAUCUGAAGAUGAGAUUCCAGGGCAACACAGGAUUGCAAGCCUGGCGCAUUCAUUUUGAAGUUGAACAUAUCCAAGAAGCUGUGUCAACAUCUCUCUUUCGUCUAUCAACGACUUUUCGAUUCGACAUCAACGUAU